AUGGCCUCCUCAUACGUGGUAGGGAUGAAAACGGAGGGAGCAGAGGAGAAUGCGAAUACUGGUGUCCCAGAAAGGUCGAAAGUGAUGGGUAGAAGGGAAGGGUCACAGAGGUGGAGGUCAAGGAACUCCUCAUGGGAGUCCUCAGAGAGGGAGGUGUGGAAGGAGCGGAUGACCGCUGGUAUCGCUGGUGCCGCUGCACGUGCCGCUGCUGGUGCCGCUGCUGGUGCCGCUGCUGGUGCCGCUGCUGGUCCCGCCGCUGGUGCCGCUGCUAAUGCCGCUGCUGGUGCUGCUGGUGCCGUUGCUGGUGCCGCUGCUGGUGCCGCUGCUGGUGCCGCUGCUGGUCCUGCUGCUGGUGCCGCUGCUGGUCCUGCUGCUGGUGCCGCUGCUGGUCCUGCUGCUGGUGCCGCUGCUGGUCCUGCUGCUGGUGCCGCUGCUGGUCCUGCUGCUGGUGCCGCUGCUGGUGCCGUUGUAGACGCUGCUGCUGGCGCCGCUGCUGGCGCCGCUGCUAGAGAGGUGGCAGAGGGGGUUGCUGCAGGAGGAGGUUGA